AUGCGCUCCUCUAUCCCCGCCAGGCGACGCGCCUUCACCGUUGCCGAAGCCCGUGCGGCGGAUCAACGCAGUGAAACAAAGCUGAAUGCUUUAGAGACCACCGUGAAGGCUUUCCAGAGUUUCGCCACUCUUGGCCAGCAGAAAGCCGAGUGGAUCUCGUUCGCGGGAAGCCUGCAAAUCCAGCGACAGCAAGCUGAGGCUGCCCUACGGCGCUGCCAGGAACUUGUGGACGACGUAGAAUGUCGGAUCUCACGCCGGCCGAGUGUACGGGCGGAAUAUGAAAAGGCUAAAACAGCCGCGAGGCCUACGGCUUCUCCCUCGGACAGACGAGGGGAUCCCAAUUGCCAAAUGCCCUGUCGUUGCGGCACUCCGGCAAAGGUCGACGAGGACGCGGGCGGCUCAGCUGGAGCGGCCGAUGCCGAGAUAUGGUCCGCCGAGGUGUUGCUGGAGAAUGCCGUGCUCCUUGCGCGGCUCGGAAGGCGGAUUGCCUCACAGUUCACUCGCGACGUGUCUGGGGAAUCGACGAGCGGCGUGCGGAGCGCAUUGGGAUCGUCAGUGACUGGGCAUCAAGUGACGGACAACAAGGCCGCUCGACUUCCGCCUGGUCAAGCGCCUCGCGACAGAAAAAAAGGAAUCCCUCAAGUGAAGAACGAUGAGCCAGUGGAUCUGUCGCUGCGGAGCACCUGCUGUAGCUCAAGUGAAACGAGUCUGUUCGACUCAAGGCUCCAUUCGGGGUCCUUUCGCAGUGAAUCCGAUCCGCACCUGCAAGAGAGUCCAGCUCUCGGCACGCUCGCUGCCUCGGUUGAUCUCAGAACGCCAUCGCUGCGCUUGCAAAUCCUUGGCUUCACAGAGCUUCUCGAGCAAUACGGCCUCAUGGUGGUGGCAAUAGAGCAGCAAUUGGAGAGGGAGUACAUCCGUGCUCAGCGGGCGGCACAACGCAGCAGAGCUUGUCUCCGACGCGUGGAGUCGCCGAAAGGGACUUCGAUGCUUAGAGGCAAUACUCGGUGCAGUGUAAGGAGUUCGAAAGCGAAAGAUGCGUCUGCUUGUCCGGAGCCGGGCGAGCUGACAGAGGAAGAAGACCACUUCGUGGAGACUUGCUAUGCGGUGUCUCCAAACACCUGCUACCACACCGCGUCGCUUCUUUCGAAAGUCUGCACGGAGUACCAGCAGAAGCUUCAGCGUCUAGAAGAAGACUUUCAGAGGGACCAGCUGAGCAUGAAACAGGAAUUGGCCGCUCUGUCCGGAAGAAAGAAAGACGUGCUCUGCGCCUUAAAAGGCCUCCGUUGCGCCAGAAGGCUCACCAAUGGGGAGGGCAAGAAUCGGCGCGCAUGGCAUGUGUCUGCCGACGCCAGCGCCACGUCAAUUUGUUCUCCGUAUCCAGCAGAAGUUCCUGGGUCUCGGAGGAAAGCCCGCGACUCCGUGGACGGCGCCGCGCCAGUUGAUGACAUCGCUGAGAGAGAAGUCUCCCCUCGGCAUGAGGAAGUGUCGGAAUUCCCGCCUGUGCCAGCCUCUGAUAGGAUAGAACUUCAAGCGGCAUCCCAGUGUUCUGCCUGUCUACCCGAGCCCACAGAAAGCCGUCUACAAGAGGUGGCCGACACUGUCAACUUUAUUUGUGGACAGUUUUCAUAUCCUGGAGCAUCGCGGUCGCUUCUGCUCGAGCGGCUGCAGCUGGAGUUCCCUAGCGCUAGCGCCCACGAUCUUCGGGAAGUGACAGAGAUUCAGCGGCAGAUCGCUCUUUUGCACCAGAGACGGACGGGACACUGGAAGGCGUUCUCGUCAGCUCGCAUCGCGGCUUUGGCUGAGGCACAGAAACGUCGCAGUAACAUUGUCCUUAGGUGUGGUCAAGCGAAGGCGAAGAAGGCCGAGAGAAGACGACAGGCAGAGAAACGUGCGGAACUCCAUGAGCGACUAGGGCGGCAACGAGCUGCAUUCCAAGAGAAAGAACGGGCUCGGAAGGAAGUUGAGGACGAGGCGCGCGCGCGUGCUGAGGAGACGCAGUCCCGUCUUGAAGCGAAGGAACAGCAACGGCGAGAGGAAGUCAAACAAACGGUGCUUACCUACCAACGGCACAAGGAAGAAGUGCUCAAGAUUGAACGCGCAGCGGCGGAAGCGAAGGCGCACGACGAAGCUGUCCAGUAUGCGGCAACUUGUCGGCGGAAUGCACGUCGAAUUGCACGGCGGAGAGAAAUAGACGCCUGGCGAGAUCAUCAGCGAGACGAAAGACGCAGGGAGCGCCUUAGACGACAACAAGAAAUUGUACAACGCAUUAGGCGCGCAGCCGAACGGCUGGCUGUGGUGGCUCAGAGUGACCCCAAGCGGUUGCUGUCAGACACAGGCGCUAGCCGCGCUCGCGCCGAGGCGAUAAAGAAAGAACACGAGGGAGAGCGUUCUGAAUCCACAAGAAUAAAAUCGUUUGGCGUGCGGCACGGCUAUGGAACAGAUACUCUUCUUCGAGACAUGCGGCUCAAAUUGUCGGUAGCCCUCUUUGAAGCUGGAUUGCACCGGAGUGAAGCAGGCCACGAGGCUCUCCUGUCCGUGGGAGAGAAGUGA